CGAGCAGAAAGAGCAGAGGAGGCUUCGGAGCGCCGGAGAGCGCAGAGCUCCGGAGAUCCCGACUUCCCGAGGUAUUAAGGCAUUUUAAAAGUCUGCUCUUCGGCUGCUGCGGUCGUUUAAAGUGUGGAAGUCCGGCGUCCUGCGGUUUCUUCGCUGGGGCGAUGCUGGAGGCAAUAAAAGUGACCGAGCGACUCCACUGGCCUGAGACUGAGAUGGCUAAGAAGUUUGUGCUGAGUCCGUCGGAGAAGCCACUGAGCCCCAGUCAGCUAUACCUUGAGCGCUGGUCUCCAGGUGUGCUAAAGGACCUGCUUGGGACCAGCAGCUACAAUGGUAUUCUACAGAACGAGGAGGAGGAACACCAGAGCCCCAAACGCUCACCUUACAGACGACCCAAAAGAACACAGCGCCUUGUUUCUGCAGCCUCGAGACAGCCUGGUGUGAGGCCUAUAGUGUUAAUCAGACCCAGAGAGGGUUACGGGGACAGCAACCAAUCACAGAUCUUCUCCAGCAGCACACGGUUGGGAAAUAAUAUCACAAUUCUUGGAAAUCCCAUCGGUCUGACCCCCCGUCCAAUCAGCAGGCCAAUAAGAAUUUCUCAGGCAAGCACAUCUCGCAUCAAACUCCCCCUGCUGGCUGGUGAAAACACAGUGAAGAAGCUGUGCAUCCUCACUGCCAUCAAACCCUCCAACGUGGAGAGCGAGAAGACCCGCUUCUUCAAGUCAGACUUCAUCUACAACCCUCAGUUUGAAUACAGUAACCCAGUGGCUCCACAGGUGCUGGAAAAACACAACAAUGCCUCUGACCGCUUCCUCACACAGGCGGUGCGGAUCAUGGAGCUGGCGCUGCAGAAGUACGGAAACUACGAGAAGUUUGAACAGGCCACUGGAGGAAACCUGCUGACCAAGAGCCGAAUCUGGUCCCACGUCAAGAAGUACAUGGAGAAAGAGGGCUGUGUGGGAGAGCAGAUUGUGGUGCACCUGACUGAUGACCUGUUGUCCAGAGCUUCCAUGACUGUAGUGAACGGCAGACCGACACUGACCAUCAACAUCUCCACAGCCAGAGAGCAGUGGCUCGAGGGCAUGCUGAGACACGAGAUCGGCACGCACUACUUCCGAGGGAUCAAUAACAGCCAGCAGCCUUGGAGCAGCGGGGCGGGGCGGAAGAAGCUUGGGCUGCGACCCCUGAACCCCACAGAGGAGGGACUGGCGAGUAUCCACAGCGUUCUGUUCCGCAGGGACCCCACGCUGUGGCGGGCCGCGCUGCUCUACUACACUGUCUACCAGGCCAGCCGCAUGAGCUUCUCUCAACUGUUCCGCGACCUGGGACGCUUUGUUCAUGACCCAAACACGCGUUGGGACUACUGUGUCCGGGCCAAACGGGGCCAGACCGACACCUCACAGCCAGGCUGUUUCAGUAAAGACCAGGUUUAUCUGGAUGGAAUUCUGAAGAUCCUCAGACACAGAGAGAAGAUCGACUUUCAGCUCCUCACUGCACUGGGCAAGGUGUCCUAUGAGGAUGUAGAGAGGCUGAAGGGUUUGGCCGUGAUGGAGCACGUGCGGAUCCCUCACUUCCUGCAGGAUCAGAGCCGUUACUCGGAGCAGCUGCGGAAGAUCAUGGAGGUCAACCAGCUGACGGACGAGGAGCUCCGCACACUCAUCUGAGCUCACAUACAAACCUGCCCGAUCACUACAAGCGCACAGGUGUCCUAUUGUGGCAAACCCUGCAUCUCUCAGCCUCCACCCAGCCUGCGAGUGACGCACCUUUAACCCAAGUGUACUUUUUAUCUACCCAAUUUUUGUCCAAAGAUAAAUACGUAGGUCAUUUCUGUAGUUUACUGUCUUUGAUGCUUUCACUGUUCAGGGAGGACUUUCAGAUGUGAAGGUGAAGAAAAGCAAAACGCAGCACAGUGCCACCUGCCUGCCAUGCACAGUAAUACAUUUUGUAUUCACUUCAGUAGAUCUGAACAGGCAGGAGGUAGAACAAGUGCCAAUAUGCCACUCAUGUUCAUGCCUGUCUGUACUACAUACCUGUAUGAAUCCCAUGCUGUGCUAGUGUUUAAAAAGACAGUGCAAAGUAAAGAUCCACUCCCCCUCAUAGAGGAAUCCCACCGAUUUUUCGAACUUUCUGUAUAAUUAAAUGGUUACGAUGUAAACAAAGUCAUUCAGAGUGGUUUGUUGUGAAAGUUCUACAGAAACGUACCGAGUCAGAAAUGCUCACAGUGGUGGUGAUAGGAACCAGAAUGUCUGAAGAAUUUAUUUAAACCGCACAGAAAGUUAUUAUAAGAAAUGAAUACCAACACACUGCCUGGUGCCUGACAUUGUUUUACAAUCAUUUUGUGAUAAACCUUUGGUAUAAAACAUUUUUUAAAUACAUUCAUGGUGGAGGGGUACAUGCCGGGUGUUAUAAGGAAAAAUAGUUUCCAAUGAAAACUUUAGAUUUAUCACUGUUUUACCAUCAUAAACAUUUACAUCUAGAGACUCAGAAGACACAUGUAGGUUCACUGGUGGUCAGUAAAUAAAAUAGCUAUACAUGUAAACAUUGUGAUAGCGCUCCUAUCAACACCACUGUAAAGAAAUCGAUAAGUAAAACUUAAGUCUGUAAGUUUGUCUACAGUGAAUCAUUUCACAUCAAACCGUCUGACUUCUCAACCACUGAAUUAUGCAGAAAUGAACAAAAAUCGGAGGAAUUAUCCUUUAACAACAAAACGCAGAUGAUCAGCCAAGACAUUUGGCGUCUGCAUUUAGCUUCUGUAGCUUUGUGCUAAGGCUAAGAGGCUAAUGUAGCUAACAAGUAAUGGAAGCUAAUGUAUACAAGUUCAGCUUUUGAGUUGACUGCUGUUACUGUGUGACAUGCUUUUCUCUAUUUAUAUAUAUAUAUAUAUAUAUGUGUAUGUGUGUAUGUAUGUAUAUCGCU